AUGUCCGAGGGUCUUCCUGAAAUGCAGUACCGGUUUCUUGGCCGAACGGGCCUCAAGGUGUCCGUCAUCUCUCUUGGAAGCUGGCUCACUUACGGUGGCCAUGUGGGAAAUGAAACUGCCUUUGAUUGUUUGAAGGCCGCAUAUGACGCCGGUGUCAACUUCUUCGAUACCGCCGAGACGUACUCUGGUGGACAAUCGGAGGUUGUGCUCGGUGAAGCUAUUAAGAAGUUUGGCUGGAAGCAGAAUGAUUUGGUUAUUUCUACCAAGCUCUACUGGGGCAAGGCCAACAGCGCCAACCCAGAUAAGCCUCUCAACAACGUUGGUCUCUCAAGAAAGCACAUUAUUGAGGGCAUGACCCUGUCUCUCCAGCGCCUGGACCUGCCUUAUGUGGAUAUCGUCUAUGCCCACCGUCCAGACCGUGACACUCCCAUGGAAGAAAUUGUGCGCGGUUUCAAUUAUCUUAUUAACACCGGCAAGGCCUUCUACUGGGGUACGUCCGAGUGGUCUGCCAGCGAAAUCGCCGAUGCCUGGCGCAUCGCCGAUAAGCUGGGUCUCGUCGGCCCAGUAGUUGAACAGCCACAAUACAAUCUGCUUGCGCGCGAUCGCGUGGAAAAGGAGUACCGCUGGCUGUACGAGGCCCACGGCCUGGGUCUUACCGUCUUCUCUCCUCUCAAGGGUGGCGUACUCACCGGAAAGUACAACGAUACUACUGCGCCGCCCGCCGGAUCUCGCUUGGCCGAGUCCGAGGAUGGCUACAUCAAGGGUCUUCGCAAGACUGUUGGUGACGAUUCGUGGACAAAGCAGUUGAAGCAGGUUGCUGCAUUGAAGCCUAUUGCGGAGGAGUUGGGUAUUUCGACUGCUCAGUUGUCUCUGGCUUGGAUUCUGAGGAACCCUAAUAUCUCAUCUAUGAUCACCGGCGCCUCUCGUGUUGAGCAGGUGUAUGAAAACUUGCGUGCGCUGGCUGUGGCGGAUAAGUUGACAGAUGAGGUUGUUGAGAAGAUUGAGGCUGCGAUUGGUAACAAGCCUGCUGAGGAGAUCAGGAGAUUCUAA